AGCCCAGCCUUCCAAUCACCCAUCCCCUAGAAUGCCAAACCUAAAACGCAUGUCCAUCCUUCCUAACCCGUCCUGCGAACGUGCAGGCCUGAAAUCCUACGCCUCCCUCCUUCGCAAAUACGACUUCGCGCCCACCACCGAGGGGCCCUUUCAAGCCCUCGACGUAGCCACAAAAUCCCUAAAAAACAUCUUCAAACCCGCGGCCAAGAAAGAAAUGAAACCUGUUCUGAAGAAAAUUGAAGAGAAGGGCAAACCGGGGGAAGAUGAAGCACAACGUCUUUGAUGCAAAGGCUAGUGAGACGUUUAAAAAGAUUGAGGCAGCGAGUUGGAAGAUCAGGUAUGGGGAUGGCUCAACAGCAUCCGGAAUAGUCGACACAGCCAACGUCCCUCUCGGCGGCCUAUGCAUCGAAAACCAAGCGAUUGGACUCGCCAACAAACUCAGUCCGCAGUUUACUUCCGGUGCAGGAGACGGACUGCUGGGUCUAGGAUUCGGACACAUCAGUACUGUUAAACCGAUGAAAGUGGCCACGCCUGUUGAGCAAAGGAUAAACCAAUCCAACAUCCCCUCCGAAAGCGAGCUCUUCACCUGCUACCUCGGCUCCUGCCGCGACACGUCCGACGUCGACGCCGGAGAAUCCUUCUGCACAUUCGGCUACAUCGACGAGUCUGUACUCACAGGCUGCGGCGUCUCAGAACCGCAGUACGUCCCCAUCGACUCCUCGCGGGGGUUCUAGCAGUUCUCCUCGCCCAUCGCCGUACUGAACGGGGAAUCGAUUCAACGGCCAGCUGGAAACACGGCGAUUGCAGACACAGCAACUAUACUGGCGCUGC